AAAGAAAUUACUGAUAUUGGAUUGAAUGGAAGGGAAAAAGUAGGUAACGAAAGACAACACGACUCUCAGGGUCAGGCCUACAAAUUCAUCAAUGCAUGAUGAUGUCCUAUAAGUUGCGCCCAUAAUACGCAAAGAGAGAGAGAGGUUCCCAUAUGAGCACAUCCACCACCAUGAGCUCCACAACUGAGCCUAAGAAGCUUCAUAUAGCCUUGUUUCCAUGGCUGGCCUUUGGUCACAUAAUUCCAUUUUUUGAGGUUGCCAAGCACGUGGCUCGAAGAGGUCACAAAGUUUCCUUCAUAUCCACCCCACGAAACAUCCAACGCCUCCCCAAAAUCCCUCAACACUUAACCUCUUUGAUCAAUUUAGUGCAGAUCCAGCUGCCACGUGUCAAAAAUUUGCCGGAGAAUGCAGAGGCCACUAUGGGCGUGCCAUACCACAUAAUCCCAUACCUCAAAAUGGCUCAUGAUGAACUCGAACAAUGUAUUUCCAAUUUCCUACAAACUCACAAGCCGAAUUGGAUUAUUCACGACUUUGCCCCUUACUGGUUACCACCUAUAGCUUCUAGCCUAGGCAUUUCACGAGCACAUUUCAGUGUUUUCAACGGGUCCUCCCUAUGUUUCUAUGGACCACAGGGACUAGAUUGCUAUGGUGUUAGAACACUACCAGAGCAAUUUACUGUCCCUGUUGAAUGGAUUCCUUUUCCUUCAAAUAUGGUUUUAAAGUCUUUUGAGGCCAAGAACCUGUUUGACAGUAUGAAACAAAACGCUUCCAGCGUUUCGGAUUGGUUUCGCGUGAAGUCAACAGUCCAAGGUUGCCAAGUCUAUUUUAUUCGAAGUUGUAGAGAGACUGAGGGGGAGUGGCUCGAUUUGCUACAAGAGCUUCAACAAAAACCAGUGGUUCCAACAGGCUUAAUGCCACCUGUUGUGCAAGCUAGAGAAGACAAAGAAGAUUGGUCUACAAUUGCUCAGUGGCUGGACAAAAAGAAGAAAGCGACAGUGGUGUACAUUGCCCUUGGAAGUGAGCUUAAUCUCAGCCAACAAGACUUCACAGAGUUGGCUCUUGGGUUAGAGCUAUCUGGGUUGCCAUUUUUUUGGGCCCUGAGAAAACCUAGUUGGUCAGGAAACGGUGGCUCAGGGAAGCUACCAGAUGGGUUCAAGGAUCUUUGAAUGAAUAGAUGGUUUGGAUUAGUGAAAUACAAUGCGGAAGAAAAAAAAUUAUUCUCU